CUUUACUUCAGCUCUGAGAUCACCCUCCGCUUCUCUUCAACCUUAACGAGAACCAUUUGUUUUUCCUACAACAAUGCCUUGAAUUUUGUCUCGCCUUUCCGUUUCUUAGGCCGUUCCUUUAAGCUACGCACCCCCGGCGCACGUUAUGGACACCCCCUCUUUUGUAUCUAAAGCCAGGACAGCCUUCAAUUCUGCUGCGGCAAAAGCGGAGCGCGUCUUCACUGACUUCAAAUCUGACCGAGAUUCGGAGAAAACAUCGCGCAGUUUACAAAAUGACGGCCAGUCAAAGGGUCACAAUGCGGCCAAGCAUUUGGAUACGUUACGGAAGCCUGCUUCUCUAGGGACAAAACAAGAUUGGCAAGAUAGGCUUCGGAACAUAAGAAUAGGAAGAAGAGGAGCUGAAGAACCUGAUAAAGUUGAUAGCACAACAAUGGCAGCUCCAUGUUAUGAUGAAAAUUUGUACUUACUUAACUUGAAAAAUGAUCUUGAAGCAAAGGGGUCAGAUCUGAAUUCCUUGUUAGAACAGUUAAAUUCCAUUGAUGUGAAUGGGAUUCCUCCAGCAUCCGUCUUGAAGCAAUUGGCUGUAGCUAUUGAGAGUGGAAAGAAGUUUAGAUCAAUAAAAGAUUUAUUGGCAUCAUCUGGGAGUUCUUCACCUAUUUUGGAAAGGGCAGGUUUGAGUCUCUCUGCAGUGAAGUUGUUUGUUCUGCGUGACAAAGAUGAUAAACUUGAAUCUGACUUUGACAACAAUGAGAAAGUGAUGUCGCUGAUUCGGUUACUAUUUGAUGCAGAGGGAAACUUUCUCAGAAGGAAAAUUCAUUCUGAUUCGGAGGCAUCUAUUACCUUGGCAACUUUGGCCAGAGAUAUUCAUGGCACUCCUGCUGAAAGCUUUGUUGUGAAGUUAUCUGAAGUUAUUGGAAGCUUUAAAACCCUACGAAGAAUGGCAUUAUUCUGGUGCAAAGUUGUUUCUGAACUAAGAAGACUUUGGUCUGAAGAGCAACAUAUUCCUGGCAUUCCCGAGGAUUGUAUACCAGAUUUAGACUCCUGCCUUUUGUAUCAACGAUUUCAGGUUAUCAAUUGUUGUCUUUCUAGGAAAAGGCGUCGCUUUAUUGCUACUGAAUCAUUAGAUUCUGUGAUGAGGCAAUUCAGUUCAAAUAUUGAGGGUUCAUCUAUUUCUAUGGGUACAUCUCCUGUAAGCUCGGCAUUAUAUGCUAGAAUAAGCAAUGGAGAACUUGUUCUACGACUAGGUGCUGAUCGUCCAACUAAUUUAACAAUGUUGGAAACUGGUGAACCUGUAUAUUUCCCUAUCGCUCAGGAAGGGCCUUUGCUUACAGAAGAUCUUAUCAAGGAAACAGAGGAGUUUGUGCUUCGAACAGGGAGUGUUGGUGCUGGAUGUUCUCAGCUCCUUUCCGACAUGCAGGCUUUCAAGGCUGCAAAUCCAGGCUGCAUUUUAGAAGAUUUUGUUAGAUGGCACUCUCCCCCUGAUUGGACUGCUAGCAAGCAGAUUAUUGGAGAUGAAUUUGAUGGAAGUGAUUGUUCGUCUGCGAAAGGUCAACUAAGUUGUCGAAUGAAAAAAGAAGGUAAUUUGUGGAUUGAACUUUGGGAAACAGCUAAGCCGGUCCCAGCUGUUAGACAAGCCCCCCUCUUUGAUGAGGAUUUAGCAGUGGAGGGUAUUCUUAAUGGCUUAGAGGACAUCCCACCUGCCGAGCUUUUUGAACAAUUUUUUGUUUCUUUACUGGGUUUGGGAUUUGUAAUUGCUGAGGCGAGACUUUCUGCUGACGAUAAUUUGUCCAAGCUUUUCCAUGAUUGCAAAGACUAUGUUGUUGCCACUUUUCAAGGAAGCGGCUGGAGUGAAAAGAUUGAUGAAAUUUGCCAGGUUUAUGAAACAGUGGAAACAAUGUUAACUCAUCCCGAAGAAGUCCUGAUGAAUCAGGCAGAAUUCGCCACCACAACUGCAGACGAACCGAAAAGCCGAUUCAAAAGACUCACUCUCCACUUUGUCAAGGAUAGACAACAGAGAAAACUUGCCAUAAAAGAUCUGAAAAACGCAGACGAGAAUUCGACUCAUCCGCAGCGUCAACCAUUUGCGAGUUUCUUUGAUGGCAAGUCUUCAUUAUUCUCAAAGAAGCAUCCUAAGCCAGAUAGUCCAUCCCCAUCUCUUGAAAAACCUCCUCCAGUUGAAUCUGAGUGGACCAUGGUUUAACCAUACCGGUAUUAUUUUUUAGUCUUUUGGGUAAGGUUUUGGCUGUAAAUGUAAAUCAUGGGAACUGUAAAUUAUCUUGAAAUGAACCAAAAUAGGAUGCUCGAAUGUACAACAUUGAAUUUUUUUCCUGUUGAAAUCCGAAGGAACGAAGAAAUGAAAUGGCAUAUUUAUCAUGAAA